CGUAGGAGAUUUCGAAGUCGAAGUUCAGAUUUAAGAUAUUUUCUUGUGGAUUUUGUCUGUAGUAUACCGGGCAAUACCGGUUACCAAUUGUAUGUAAAUCUACACACGAUUUUAGAAGCUGCCAGUCUUGUAUCUCAAUUCAAAAUGCUUGAGCCCAUUGGAAUCCCUGACAGCACAUUUAUCCAAAAUAAAAAUAUUGGACUUAGCUGGGGCUAUGGUAACAACUUGGUUGCAUUUCCUACUGAGUUUUCUCAAUCCAUCACAUUGGCAGGUGUGCCUUGUUCUAGGAAGAAUUUGUUUGUGAUUUCGUGGGAGCGCACCUUGUACAAUCCUUUUGUUCGUAAACUUGUUAAUGAAUCUUGUGGUGCAUUUAUUGCCAUCCAAGCUAGAGUUGGUAAAAGUCUAUCUGAGCUUAUUCAGUCCAGCCAUCAGUAUCGCUGCAUUAUCAAUGCUUGCAUUGAAGAUUUGAAUCAAGCUGCUGAUCUUGCAGAAACUAAUGAAACUACUCAAGCAAUUCAAGAAAUGAGUGAAAUAUUUUACAAAGCUGAAUUGGUGUGGAACUUGUGUGAAAUCAUGUAUCUUGAGAAUCCACUUGGAAUUCUUCCACAUCUUCUUGAAUGGAUUCGCAUUCACUUCCCAUUUGCUGUGGAGGAAACUGGAACAGUAUUAUUAUCUCCUAAUCCAGCACAGCAUGAUAACUACUGGAAAGCCCUUUAUGGAUUGGUGUUCCAGUUGCGUAUAGACAGUGCUAUUAAAUUAUUAAGAAUUCAUUCUAGUUUCCAAACUGAUGCUUUCCAAAGUGCCUUUGAAUUGCUGAAGAAGAUGCCAGUUUUCAGUAUGAAUUCGCCUGUUUCUGCUCCCGAAUUUACUUUUCGAUGGAAUCAUUGGAAGGAAGAGUGUGAAUCUCGAAUUCAAGCUGGAGAUUUCUUCGAUUCGCAAGAUUUACAGCUUCUUAUGGAGAUACUUUGCGGGAAAGAAGAAGCAUUUGAUACGGUUGCUGAUUUCUUCGAAACCUGGUACCAGCGAAUGAUAACUCAGUUGACGUUCACACAGCCUACGAUAAGUGCUGCAUCACUGGGCGAUCAAGCAGACCAAUUUUUAUCCGCCUUUACUGGAUUUGGUGAUUUGUCGCCUUUAGAUGCAACCCUUUUAGCAGUUCUUCGACGGGACACACGUAAAGUAAUAGGUGAAAUGUAUGGUGUUUUGGACAACUCGUGGUUUACCGCUCAUCUUGCUGAUUUAUUAUACCAUGCGGGGGCGCUUCAGUCGUUUGAAGACAUUAAUUCUCUACAACUGAGAGAAACUUUGCUUCGGGACUAUGCCAUUUGUCUUUUCAGCCACCAAUCGUUGUGGUCCGUUGGCGUCCUCUAUCUCGACCAUUGUCCGACAUUCGGUUCAGCAACGCUCGAACACUUGCUUACACGUCUUCCAUGUCAAUCGGAAUUAAAGGCCUCAAAAUUGAUAGCGGUUGCCGAACGACGAAAAUUAACGUCAGUUGUAACCUCAGUUUGUCGCGUUAUGGGACGGCAUGCCUUGAAAAACGGGCGACUUGGUGCAGCAGUCGCUUGGGCUGUGCGAGCGCAAGAUGCACCUCUGGCUACUUAUGCGGCGGAUGCCGUUCUAGAACGCUACCUUCAGGAUUCAGACUUCACUUCAACGGACUUGCUAGACUCACUGGGGGCUGGACUUCUGGCAAGCGACCGUUUGGCGUUCCUCGGAAAAUACAGAGAAUUUCAUCGACUGUAUAGUGCAAAUGAUUUCCAUUCAGCAGCGAACCUUUUGAUCUCUUUGAUUUCCUCACGCAUCGCUCCAAAAUACUUUUGGGCAGUAUUGCUUAUGGAUGCGUUACCAUUACUAGAAACCAAUCCACCAGUUUUUACAUCAGAGCAGACCUACGAAUUAAUGCAAAGUCUACAAGAGUUAACAUCUUCUUUCCAAGACGACGCCGAACCCAUACCUCAUCCAAAUUGCCAACUCAAUUCAGAUAAAACUAUGUUGAUAACAUUGGCACUAAGUCGUAAUUUGGCGAAAUGUUUCGUACAACAAACAGGUUGUGAUUAAUGCAACCGAUGUACCUAUUUUGCCGCCAUCCGUGUAUAAGCUCGAUUACACAAAUAUCGUAUCUUAUGAAAAA